CCUAUCGACUAGGCUUGCCCCCCCCCUCUGGUUUUGUCUCAAGGGAGAAGUCAGUGAAUGGCCAUUGGGCGAUCCCCUCUGAUUAGGGCUAACACACACACUUGACACACACAUACGGUGAGGAUCUCCUGUGUACGGUCUGUUGUCAUUUAUGUUUCUCCGAUUCACGGUGGAAUACAAACUGUGUUUUUUGUGUAGUUUUAACAUUCCAAUUUCAUCCAAGGGAUUUAUACUUAUAUCAACACUAUCAUCAUUCUUUGUAUCAAUAUGGAUUCCUGUGUGCAUGAAUCAAUCAUCCUUCGAAGCCUGAGGGAUUCACUCUAGAAGAAUUUGAUCACAGCCAAUCAACAAAGAUCAAAUUGACACCUAUGACUGCCAAGCAUACGAUGAAUUCAUAUCAUGAUUAUUUUCUGUCUGUACAAAAUGCUAACUGGUACAAUCAUCCAGGUUAUAGCAAUAUCAGUGUACCACAAUGGAACUUUCCAAGACCAUAUGAUUCUACUGCAUACACUAAUGGAUACACGGACCAGCAUAACCAACAAAAAAUGUACACUGUCUCACAGAAUGUCAAGUAUAAUGAGCAUUUUCCAACUAAGGGUUACCAACCAUCUUUUAUAGAGCCAAACCAGAAGUUCCAUCCAUUUUACGGUGCUCACAAUACAAGGUUUUCUGAAACUCCCUUCUCAACAUUGGAAUCUGCUCAAACCUCACAAUUCUUGAAGGAGAAAGCUCUUGGUGGCAAUGCUGAUUCUGGUUCAUCAUUUGUCUACAGUUGUCAUGAAUCAAAUACUACUACAUGUGUCACUAAUACUGCAUUGAACUUAACAAAGAAAACUCCAAUGAAGCCCUCAGUGGUCUUUCCUGCUCGUGGUCCAACUCGAACCAAACAGAAUAGAAAAACACCAACUAAAAAUAAAAAAUCGAACAAAAAGCCUCCCAAUUUUUUAGACAUUCCAUCAGCCAAGACAAGUAAGACCAAAAGAAAAAAGAUGAACUGUGAACAAGACCUAGUCGUGCCACCAGUAAAUACAUUAGCAUAUUAUGAAAGAAACCAUUUCUUUCUCAAAAAUCAUUUUAAUGAUAAACCUAUUGAUCUUAAUGUAGACAUAACAGAACUGUAUUCCAAAAGUGCCUCCGACAGUGUAUUUCCUACAUGUGGAACUAACUUAAACAGAACAAGUGUUGAUAAAAACACAGAAUUUUUUCAAUCUACCACUCAGUGUAUGAAAUUACCUAUAGUCUUACCCACAGAAGCAAGUCAAGAGACUCGUCAGAAUUUAUUGUACGACACGCCUUCACCUAGUUGGCAUUCUCACGAAAGUUCACCAGAAAACACCCAUAAUACUUCUGAUCAUGAGAAUGCAACUUCUGCAGAACGAGGAACAACGAGUAAGUUAAAUAGUUAUUGGACAUCUAAUAAAAAACCGGAAAGCUCAGGAGGAUUUGGUGAAUUCACACCCUGCCAAAAAGUCCAGGAUUAUCUCAACGAACCAUUUGGUAGUCAUUCCACUUUGUUGUCUUUGCUAGAUAGAAACUCACUUACUCCAACUGAGAGCAAUGAACUUACACCGGUAUGUGACGUCCCUAAUGCUGACACCAAGCCAUAUAUCAGUCAUCCAAAUGAGACGAUUACAAUAGAUCUAGGUGGAAACUUUCAGACUUCAGUUCAUGUCAAGAAAAGUCUCCCACCAAGUGGCAACUCCACACAAGAUAUCCCCGAACCAGUUCAGUUUCAUCCACGUUUGUCGUCUACACCAACUUCAGAUAGUCAUAGACCUAAUCAGUCUACGCAAAGUACAUCUCGGAUAGUCACAGCUAAAAAUUGGAACGUUCCGGAAAAAUGUGUUACUAGCUAUUGGAAUAAGGGCCCCAUAACAAGUCACAAAGAGGCUACAAACAUUUUAGAGAAUAAUGGAGCUCACUUUAACGCGAUCUCCUCUAGUGUAAAUAAUACUGUUUUUCAAUCAACAAAGGUGGAUGACUGUUUCACAACUGAAUUUGAAAUGCACCUUAAAAAUAAAUAUGAACAUUUUAACAAAGGGUUUACACCUUCUAAAAGAGCAGUAAGUACACCCUCCAUCGAUAUUCAUGCCACUGCACAAAGUGCUGCAGCUUUACAUACACCAACAACUGUUUCAAGGAGUACAACGUCAGGAUCUUUAAUUAUUCCAGAAUCUACAACUAUGUCAAGACAAAUAUGUAUACCAGGACCUACAUCUAUGUCAGGGGGAACAGCUGUGUCAGUACCAGCUGUCUCAGGACUUAAAGUGGCACCAAAGCCUACACUUUUAACUGUUCCCACUUACGUUUCUGGAGGUUCAGCCGCACCAAGAGCCGGAAAUGCACCAAGAGAAAAGGCUCCAUCUACGGCAUCACUAGGAUCAACAUACUUGGAGCCUAGAUCUGUACAAAGACUCACGCCACUAGAAGAACAUACACAUAGUGCAGGGUUAGCAACUUUACAGAAAGACUAUAAUACUACAAGGCCCAUAACUUCUCAAACUGACAAUAUUGUUAAAAGAGAAACUGAGUCUAAUACUGUUAUAGAACGACCUUUGCUUGAAUGUUCAUAUGAUUGCCUAGCAAGUAAUCCGAUGAAACAGAAGAGGAAGCGCCAUCGAGAAACCAGAUACUCAUGCAACUCGUGCAGCUACACAGUCAGAAAACUGUUCAGCUUCCGUCUUCACAUGGCCCAGCAUUGUCCAGACACAGAGAAACUCGUCCCGGUCAAAGCUCAAAGUCUGAAAUUACGAUGUGGAAUAUGUGCCUACUUCGCCUCGAGCGCCAAAGUCCUUAGGAAGCACGUGGAGAAGCAUGCGUUUGAAAAGCGUUUCCUCUGCGGCUACUGCCGACAAGAUUUUCGCAGUGACAGGGAAGCUCACGAUCAUGUCACGGAGAUUCACAAGCGAAAAGUUGUCUUUUGUGACCGGAAGAAAUUAUACGAGGCCAUGACAAGACGGCCGCAGUUGGAGAUCAACUUACAGCCUUACGUUGUUCUAGAUAGCAAGGAGGUCGACGACUACCUCAAUCCAUCCAGAUAGUGUUUUCUGGGAAUGUUAGUUUUAUACUGUUGAUUUUUUAAAAUAUUUUUUAAGUUUUUUAAAUGUAUACAAUGCUUUUGUUUUUAAUGACAUUUUUUAAAUACUCUACAAUUUUGCCGAAUUUCUUAGUAUCCCUAGGAUUAUCUGUCAAACAUUCUUGUGAGCCUAUGACUCCAUUGCAUCAGAUUUUUGUGAGUCACAAAUUUUUAGAGAUGUUCCGAGCAUUUUUUUUUAAAUAUAAAGCAUUUUCUUCACGUCACAGCAUUUUUUUUUUGUGGCUGAAAAUGUACACGUGACCUAGAACUAGAUUUACAUAUUUUGUUGAAUCUGACAUAAUUGAAACUGUUGUCUGAUGGAAAAUCUUUUGAGGUCUGCUGGGAAUCUUUUGACAUUAACUUUUUACUUCCCCUUUGGUUUUAUAUUGUCCUUUUCUUAAGCCCUUUGAGGCCACAUGUCCUUCCCCAUAGCUGUAAAAAUGCGCCAGAUGAGAGUGCAUAUGUGUGCACCAAACCUGUCCUUACAUAGAUUGUAAUGGACAAAAGAUCACAUUUCACCUCAUGUGGAAUUCAUAUCCUAUUCAGCUUUAAUAGGGAAUCUGGCAACAUGUUAUUCUAUAGAUUGAUCCUUAGACUAUUUAAAUUGAUCUCCUGAAGCUGGUUAAAUGCUCUAAAAAUAUAGCGAAAAUUUUCACAUUGCAAAACUUCUCAUAUAAUAACUGCUUCAUAUCUACUGAGUAUAUGCAUACCUUGUUCUGAAUACAUUCAAUAAACAAAUGAACUUUGUAUUUAUAGAUACUUUUUAACCACAUGUCUCUUUUUAAUGUAUUGUUACUUACAUCAAUAUAUGUGAUCUGUAUAUGGUUGUAUAAAUUAUGAUUUUCUUUAAUGAAACGA